CUUAAGGUUGCAUUGCCCUUGACGAUGCCUUUCGUAGAACGCCCGAGUCAUGGUCUUUCUAUCCCGGCAUUAAGUAUUCAAACUCUUGACGGCACUGGGUUAGAAUGCUAUCACAAUCUAAUUGUUGUAGACCAGCUUCUUCUGUUCCUGUGGUGUGAAUUGGGGCAUGGCAACUUUGCGUUUGUCCAAAAGAUGCGACAUCAGAAACUUAAUUGUGCGAUGGCGGUAAAGGUACAGUAUUUGUUCGAAGACUUACAUAUAAUCAUGAAAUCAAAAUUUGAGCGGAUCGUUACUUUCUACGGAGCAAUUUUUCACGAAAGUGAAUGCUGGAUUUGCAUGGAAUUAAUGGACUCGUCUCUAGAUAAAUUUUAUAAAAUUGUUUACAACGAACGUAAUUUGGCAAUUCCAGAGGCUGUGCUCGCGAAGAUAACUGUUGCUAUCGUAUCUGCAUUAAAUUAUCUUAAAUGUGAACUGCAUGUGAUACACAGAGAUGUGAAGCCCUCCAAUGUACUCAUCAACAAGGGUGGAGACGUGAAGCUCUGUGACUUCGGCAUUUCUGGCGACUUGGUAAACAGUCUGGCCAUGACAAAGGACGUUGGUUGCAAGCCCUACAUGGCACCGGAACGCAUAAACCCCGAUCUUAUGUCAAGCGGCUACGACGUGCGUUCAGAUGUGUGGAGUUUGGGAAUCAGUCUGGUUGAGUUGGCGACCGGUAGCUUUCCAUACCCGUCUUGGAGAUCACCAUUCCAUCAGCUCCAGUCGGUCCUCCAGUCACCCUCCCCGGAACUGCCUCCAGACAACAAAGUCGCCACCCCGUUCUCCCCGCAAAUGCGCGAGUUUGUCAACGCGUGCCUCCAGAAGGACCUGAAUAAGCGCCCCAAAUACGCUGCUCUCAUGGUUCGUCAAUUCGACCGAUUCAUAGCAUCACCGUGUUAA